CAUAAUAAUGAAACGAUUUGCAGGAUCGGUCGUACGCCGAAUCCCCAGCGUUUCUACAAGGUGGAGCUCACGGUGUCACCAACUACGCAACUCCAACGUUUGGCUAGAACAUCGACGCCAACUUCAUCAAUCCAGGCUACUUCUUUCGGCUGAGAAGGUGGUCAAGCCUGUGUUCAUUCCCUUCCUUUCACCUCCAGAGGAUGAAGAUCACGAUUACGAAAACUACCGACGUGCCACUGCCAAGGAUAUUGCACCAUUGUCAGAACUUCCCACGCGCACGAAGAUGCUUGUUAGAGACUUCAUAGACAAUUCGCUAUACAAUCCAAACUAUGGCUACUUUUCCAAGCAAGCUGUCAUUUUUUCCCCAGAGAAGGACUUUGAGUUUUCACAAAUGAGGGACCACCUCCACUUCAUGAAUCUAAUUGCCAAAAAGUACAAGGAAAUAGAAGGCGAUGUCGAUGAGGUAGAUGAAGUUGCGAGACAGGUCUGGCAUACACCUACAGAGUUAUUUAAGCCCUGGUAUGGUUAUGCUAUAGCAAAGUACCUUGUUACCGAAUACAAGUUGAACUUGUAUCCCAACAAGGAUUUGAUCAUUUUCGAAAUGGGUGCCGGUAACGGAACUUUGAUGUUGAACAUAUUAGAUUAUAUUCAAAAGUAUGAACCUUCGGUCUACAAGAGGACCCGGUACAAUAUUAUUGAAAUCUCGCAAAAGCUGGCUGAACGACAAUACCAGCGUCAUGAUGUUAGAGACGCUCAACACCGACAUCACUGCGUUGAAAUCAUCAACAAGAGUAUCUUCGAUUGGGAUGUUGAUGUAGAGGACGAUUGUUUCUUUGUUGGCAUGGAAGUUAUUGAUAAUUUUGCACAUGAUCUCAUACGGUACGAUACAGAGACCAUGCAACCCUUUCAAGCAUUGGUCAGCGUAGAUGACGAAGGAAAUUACUCCGAGAUCUAUGAACCAGUUGGAAGCGAUCCGUUGAUUGCACGGUACUUGGCCCUGCGUAAAUCCACGAUGUACCGCACUCCUGUAUUGAACCAUCACCUGCUCCAACGAAUCAUCAACAUGUUUCCCUUCUCACCAAAUCUUUCUGCACCUGAGUUCAUACCAACCAAGCUUCUGCUGCUCUUGGAAACCUUGAACAAGCGCUUUCCCAAGCACCGACUGGUCUUGUCUGAUUUCUCAUCUCUACCGAAUGCUAUUGAAGGUGUAGAUGCUCCGGUGGUCCAAACUCGCUACAAGGGUUCUAUGGUUCCAUGCUCAACAUACAUGGUUCAACCAGGAUGGUUUGAUAUUUUCUUCCCAACUAAUUGGGAGCUGUUGCGCGACAUGUAUUUGUCCAUCUGCCGUGGCUCGCGGGCUGGUAACGACAAGGCGGUCAAGGUACUUACGCAUAAGGACUUCUGUCAGCGGUAUGGCGAAAUAGAGAGAACCAAGACUCAGAGCGGGGAAAAUCCCAUGCUCAUGUAUUAUGAAAAUGUAAAAAUGCUACUUACGUAGAUAUAGUUUAUACACCAGUGUUAUUUCCUAUCUCCCUAGCUCAAAUUCAAAAAAGACAAGACAAUGAACCCAUCAGCAGUGUAUGAAUGAAAUGCUAGAAGGAUCGAUGCGGC